CUUUAUUUAUUUCUUCUCCUUUUUCCAGCAAAACCCUAAAUGCAUUUCGCUUGUUACAAUUUCUGUAAUCGGUCAAGCAGUUUUUCAUUUUCCUGUAACUUUUUUCUUUUUUUUUUUUUACCCAAUUUUACUGUCCAUGUUCAAGCUCUGUGCAUUCUCUGCAAUGGUGGAGAUUUUAAGUCACAGAAUUGUGUUUUGUACUGAGAAUUAAUUGUCUUACUGUGUUUUUAAUCAUUCCAGGCUCAAACAAGUUUCCAGUUUCUUUAUUUGUAAUUUUCUGUUAAUUCAACUUAACCAGUUUUUAAUUCUUUUUCUGGGUUUGUUGUUUGGCUCAUUUUCAGCUUAAAGUUUCAAUUUGUUUUGUUAAAUUCUGUUGUAAAAUUUUUGCUUUAGUUCUUCUGGGUGUUAUUCAGUGAAAAAUCUGGUACCUUCAAUGCUGAGUGUUAAUAGAUUUUAGUGUUUUUAGGGUUUUAGGGACUUUAUUCAUUUUUAGGGUUUUUUUUGUGUUGAUCUAUGAAUGGAGGCAAAAGAUGAGAAUAAUAAUGUAAGUUCAAUGGCUACAGUGAAGGCAGAUGAAGCUCCAGAUAGCUUCAAAGCGGCCCCAAUCACUGAAAAUACAGGUCCAGGCCCACUUCCCGGGCCCACUGUUGUACCAGCCACUGCCACGUCGGUGUCACCAGUAAGUAUGGUGGCGCCGGAGACGGGCUCAGUACCGGGCUCAGCCCCGGGUUCGGGCUCAAAAAUGAAGAAGAAGAGAGGGAGACCCAGAAAGUAUGGUCCCGAUGGGAAAUUAAUGAUGGCAUUGUCCCCAAUGCCGAUUUCUUCGUCAAUUCCUUUGACGGGAGACUUUUCUGCUUGGAAACGGGGUGCAGGGCGGCCGCUUGAUUCCAUCAAGAAGUCUUAUAAGUUUGAAUAUGAGACUCCAGGUGACAAGAUUGCAUACUUUGUUGGUGCAAACUUCACGCCCCAUGUUCUCACUGUUAAUACUGGAGAGGAUGUAUUGAUGAAAAUUAUGUCAUUUUCUCAACAAGGAGCUCAAGCUAUCUGCGUUCUCUCUGCAAAUGGUACAAUUUCAAAUGUUACACUUCGCCAGCCUACCUCUUCUGGGGGUACUCUAACUUAUGAGGGUCGAUUCGAGAUACUUUCCUUGUCUGGUUCAUUUAUGCCUACUGAGAACGGAGGAACAAAAAGCAGAUCCGGUGGAAUGAGUGUCUCUUUGGCUGGCCCAGAUGGUAGGGUUGUGGGUGGGGGACUUGCUGGCCUGCUGAUAGCAGCUGGCCCCGUGCAGGUUAUCGUUGGCAGUUUCCUGCCUGGUCAUCAGCAGGAGCAGAAGCACAAGAAGCAAAGAACCCAGCCUGCACCAGUUAUCACUACUCCUAUUCCUAUGACUAUAACCACACUACCUGGAGAGGAGAUAAAGGGGUCCUACAGUGGAGUAAAACCAAUUAUCACAUCUUCAUCCUUCCUUAGAGACGGUUCGGCUUCUUUAAACCCUGUGCAGGGGUUCAAGAACGUGGCUGCUGACAAUAAAAGACCGUCACCUGGUGAAGAAUCGAAAGGCCCCUGUCAAUCUAACUGUGAGGUUUCAUGUUGAUCAUGUGGAGACUGUAUGCUGGCUGUACCUUAAAUUUUUUUUCAUCGUCACACAACAGCAUGUAGGUUCCUUCAACCUUCUCUGAAACCAUAUAAACCCUAAUGGCCGUAUAUUAAGGGCAAAGGAGGGUUUAUUUUGAUGUUGAUUUUAACCCAGAAUUGCACUCCCAUUAGGCGUAGGUAGGACUUCUAAUUAUUAGGAUCCCCGUGUUCUGUUGUUAUCCUGUAUUUGCCAUUGUUCUCUUAUUGGUGUAGCACUUUUAAUCUGUGAAACUGGUGUGCCAUUCAUCCUGUUGGGUACUUUGUAUCAUUAGUGUUGAAUUUAAGUUGAUGUUUUGAAUCUUUUGAUGGUGA